CUAACCCUCUGUAAAAAAAAAAAAAAAAAAAAAAAAACUUCACCACCAUUCUUACAGUUACAUGUCCAGCAAUGGCGCCGAAGCUUGAUUCCUUUAGGCAGAGCAUGUUCGAGAAGCGUGAGAGGUUUCUCUCCAAUGGCUUCUCCGACCUCCGAUUCGUGGAUAUCGAGUCGAACGAGUUUGUCGACGACAACAGUCAUGGUCGGACUCGCUUCUGCUGUUGUUGCAGCUGUUCGUUCCGGAAGCUCUCCGAAAAGCUCUCCGGGUUUUUUCUGUACGCCGGCGAUGUGGCGCGAAAAGCGUGGGAUAUGGGCGCGUCUGAUCCGAGGAAAAUCGUCUUCUCCGCGAAGAUGGCUUUGGCUUUGACGAUUGUGGCUGUCCUGAUUUUCUUCCAGGAACCUAAUCCAGAUCUCAGCCGUUACUCUGUUUGGGCUAUUCUCACAGUCGUCGUCGUGUUCGAGUUCACAAUCGGGGCGACUCUGAGCAAGGGGUUUAACCGAGGGAUCGGGACAUUAUCAGCCGGAGGUUUAGCCCUCGGGAUGGCCGAGCUCUCCAAACUUGCUGGUGAUUGGGAAGAGCUUUUCGUCACCAUAAGUAUCUUUUGUAUUGGGUUUAUUGUGACUUACAUGAAACUCUACCCAUCCAUGAAGGCUUAUGAAUACGGAUUCCGGGUUUUCUUGCUCACAUAUUGUUAUAUCAUAAUUUCCGGGUUCAGAACUGGGCAGUUCAUAAACGUGGCAAUAUCCCGUUUUCUUCUGAUUGCUCUCGGUGCUGCUGUUAGUUUGGGUGUGAAUAUGUUUAUCUAUCCAAUCUGGGCUGGGGAGGAUCUUCAUAACCUUGUCGUGAAAAAUUUCAUGAAUGUCGCUGCUUCUCUCGAAGGUUGUGUAAAUGGGUAUCUCCGUUGUGUCGAGUACGAGAGAGUCCCGUCCAAAAUCCUCACGUACCAAGCGUCGGAUGAUCCUGUUUACAAGGCCUACAGAUCAGCCGUUGAAUCUACCAGCCAAGAAGACACUCUUAUGGGUUUCGCGAUAUGGGAGCCUCCUCACGGACCGUACAAGUCCUUUAACUAUCCAUGGAAGAACUACGUCAUGCUUAGCGGAGCUCUCAAGCAUUGUGCUUUCACUGUCAUGGCAUUGCACGGUUGCAUUCUCUCCGAGAUUCAGGCGCCGGAGGAACGGAGACAGGUUUUCCGGCAGGAGCUUCAGAGAGUAGGAGCCGAAGGAGCAAAACUACUGAGAGAACUAGGGAAGAAGGUGAAGAAGAUGGAGAAGCUGGGACCAGUCGACAUUCUCUUCGAAGUUCAUGAAGCCGCCGAAGAGUUACAACACAAAGUCGACAAGAAAUCGUACCUUCUCGUUAAUGCCGAGAGCUGGGAGAUCGGAAACCGAUCAAAGGAUCCACCCUUGGAGCCUCAAGACCUCCUCGAUCUCGACGAUUCCGAGCCCCGAGAGAGCCAUGAGACUCUGACUCCGAUCUACGCCUACAAGUCCCUUAGCGAGGCGGUUCUCGAGAUCCCCAAGAGCUUGAACCAACGCCCCGAGGGCCCGAAACCUCGCGGUGGCAAUUUCGUAAAACAGAUUUCUUGGCCCGCAAGGCUCUCGAUCCGUGCCUCGGGGGAUCAGCCUCAGAUCGAGACGACAAAGACUUACGAGAGCGCGAGCGCGCUUUCGCUGGCCACUUUCACGUCGCUGCUCAUCGAGUUCGUGGCUCCAUUGCAGAAUGUCGUUGACGCAUUUGAGGAGCUCAGCGUGAAGGCGAAUUUCAAGGAGCCGCCGGAGGAUGUGGCGGAGGGAGAAGUGGUGGGGUUGUCGUGGUGGCAGAGGAUUCGCCGGUGUUUUGGUUUAAAAGGAUCCGCCGGUGUUUUGGUUUGAAACCAGAAGCCGGUGGUAAUAUUUAGAUUACAUUUUUGGCAGAGAUCUAAAAUGUAAUAUUCAGGAUCACCACUAAUCUUAAAUAUAUAUAUAUAUAUAUA